CGAGGGGACAGAAUGCGAACCCUCUUCCUCGCGCAUUAGGUCCUUUCUUUCAUUCCAUUUCAACCCCUUCCUCUCUUUUUCUCCCACUCGGAGGGUUAAACUCACGGACGCAAAACCCGCAUAGACGCAGACGACGGACGCUAACGUGCGCCCCACCGGACGGGGAACACAACUCCAUUGCUCCAUUACGUUCCCGAACUCAAUCUGGUAAAAUAUGGCAUCACCUGCUUGGUUAACACAGGAAAUACAGCCAUCAACUUCUCAAGCACCUGUACCUGGUACAUCUGCUGUAGUGUCAUCUGGUGGCCCUUCAACUCCAACUGCUGCUGCUCCUGCUCCUGGUGCAGCUACACCUACGUCAAAGGGUUUACUUGGUACUGCAAGUGGUUCAACACAAGGACCUAACCAAGCAAGAUUUGCUAAUGCUUCUGGCUAUGCAGUUCCUCCACCUUCGUUCUCUUAUAAUGUGCUUUCAAAUGCUAGUACACCUCCUGGAAGUUCUCAGCAGUCAUCAUCUAGCUCUGUCAUUAACUCAAAUCCACCUGCAUCUCCAUUGCUGAUUCAACUACCGGUUUCGGGCGUGUCUUCAUCUUCUAGUCCAUCUUUUUCAUAUAACAUUUCACAAAGCAGUGUUGCUUUCCCUAGCAAUCAGCUGUUCCAAUCUAGUGGGAAUACAUUGACUGCUGUUGCACAAGAAGCUGGCACUCUGUCAUCUGCAUCGACUAUCCCUCAGCCUGUUUCAUUACCUGCUGAUAAUUCUACAAGUUCUACCAAUUCUGUAUCUUCAAUAUCUAGCUUGAGCCAAGUAGCUUCUUGGGUGCCCUCUGCCCCAUCUUUUUUUAUGCCUCCUGGAAUGCCUGGAACUCCUGGUACACCUGGUCCUCCUGGAAUAGCAGCGCCCGCUCAAAUUUCUUCUAAUCUGACUGUUCCAUCUGUUGCUACUGAUUCUUCCUCUUCAUCUGUCCCAAGACCCACUAUGCCUACAGCCCCUGUUUUAUCAGGUCCUGCCGUCCAGCCUCAAAUUUGCACUCCCUAUGGAUCCUUUCCUGCUAUGGCUGCUCCCCCUCAGGGAAUCUGGUUGCAGCCUUCACAGAUGGGUGGCCUGCCCAGGUCACCAUUCCAGCCAUACCCUGCUGCUUUUCCUGGUCCCUUUCCUUUGCCAGCACGUGGUAUGCCUCUCCCUUCUGUUCCAUUACCUGAUUCUCAACCUCCUGGCGUUACUCCUUUGGGGACUGCACCGACAAUAUCUGUGUCUUCUGCUGCUUCUGGUCAUAUACUGGCAGGAACUUUGAGGAUGCAGCCAGAAUUGCCUCCUCCGGGUAUUGACAAUAGGAAAAAUGUAGAAGAAGUUGGAACUCAAGAUGGAGCUGCUGUUAAGGAACAAUUAGAUGCCUGGACUGCUCAUAAGACAGAGGCUGGAGUAGUCUACUAUUAUAAUGCCGUGACUGGAGAAUCCACAUAUGAUAAGCCUCCUGGCUUUAAGGGGGAGCAUGAUAAAGUACUUGUGCAGCCAACUCCAGUUUCAACGACUAGCAUAUUGGGUACUGAUUGGGUAUUAGUCACCACAAGUGAUGGUAAAAAAUAUUACUACAACAGUAAAACAAAGUUCUUUGGUUGCUGUGGUAAUCUUACCUGGUUUACGAUCAUGUUGAAGGCAUCCAGUUGUGUUCAGAUUAGUAGCUGGCAGAUCCCAAGUGAGGUGACAGAAUUGAAAAAGAAGCAGGAUGGAGAACAUUCGAUAUCUCUGCCACAUGCUAAUUUAUCAACUGAAAAAGGAUCUGCUCCAAUUAGUUUGAAUGCUCCUGCAAUUAGCACAGGUGGCCGUGAUGCUAUGGCUCUUAAAGCGUCGGCUGUCCCAGGAUCAUCAUCUGCGCUGGAUAUGAUAAAAAAGAAGUUGCAGGACGCUGGAUCUCCCAUUAGCUCAUCACCUAAUCCUGCACCAUCAGGAAUGGCAGCAUCAGAGUUAAAUGGCUCUAGAGCAGUUGAUACCACAGUUAAAGGUCUGCAAAGUGAGGACAGCAAAGAUAAGCUAAAAGAUGCUAAUGGGGAUGGUAACAUGUCCGACUCUUCCUCAGAUUCAGAGGAUGCAGACAGUGGACCGACAAAGGAGGAAUGUAUUAUCCAGUUUAAGGGAAUGCUUAAGGAAAGAGGAGUGGCACCGUUCUCGAAAUGGGAGAAGGAAUUGCCAAAGAUAGUGUUUGAUCCACGCUUCAAGGCAAUUCCAAGUUAUUCUGCUAGGAGGUCAUUGUUUGAACACUAUGUUAAAACACGUGCUGAAGAGGAACGGAAGGAAAAACGUGCAGCUCAAAAGGCUGCAAUAGAAGGGUUUAAGCAGUUACUGGGUGAAGCAUCAGAGGAUAUUGAUCACAAUACCGAUUAUCAAACUUUCAGAAAGAAAUGGGGUGCUGAUCCACGGUUUGAGGCUUUGGACCGCAAGGAUCGGGAACAUUUAUUGAAUGAAAGGGUCUUUCCUUUAAAGAAAGCUGCUGAAGAAAAGGUCCAAGCACUACGUGCAGCUGCUGCCACCAGUUUUAAGUCCAUGCUCAGAGAGAAAAGAGAUAUAACUGCCAAUUCCCGUUGGUCCAAGGUGAAAGAUAGUCUGAGGAAUGACUCAAGAUACAAAUCUGCUAAGCACCAGGACAGGGAGAUUUUUUUUAACGAGUAUAUAUCUGAACUGAAGGCUGGAGAAGAGGAAUCAGAACGAGAAGCAAAAGCCAAAAGGGAGGAGCAGGAGAAGUUGAAAGAAAGGGAACGAGAAUUGCGGAAAAGAAAGGAAAGAGAAGAACAGGAAAUGGAGAGGGUGCGGUUGAAAGUUCGCAGGAAGGAGUCAGUUGCAUCUUUCCAGGCUUUACUUGUGGAAACAAUUAAAGACCCACAGGCAUCUUGGACAGAAUCUAAGCCAAAGUUGGAGAAGGAUCCCCAAGGACGUGCUACCAAUGCUGACUUGGAUCCAUCUGACAUAGAAAAGCUCUUUCGGGAACACAUAAAGAUGCUGAAUGAGCGGUGUGUGCAGGAAUUCAGGUCUUUGUUAGCUGAAGUCUUGACAGCGGAAGCAGCUGCUCAAGAGACAGAAGAAGGGAAAACAGUUCUCAAUUCAUGGUCCACUGCUAAACGUCUUCUAAAGCCUGAUCCCAGGUACAACAAGAUGCCAAGAAAAGAGAGGGAAGUCUUGUGGCGCCGAUAUGUCGAUGAGAUACUAAGGAGGCAAAAGGUGGCACUUGAUGAGAAAGAAGAGAAGAAGCACGUAGAGUCAAAAGGUAGAAACUCUGUUGAUUCUGGGAGGUUUCUGUCUGGGUCAAGAAGAAGGACCCACGAUCGAAGAUAGAUAGUCAUUUUGGGGUUGUAGGCUUUUGAUCUUUUAUUGAGGGUCUCAGUCUAAUUUCCUCUGUAUUAUAUCAAAUCAAAGAACGGAUUUUUUUUUUUUUUUUAAAUUGACGUAUUUAUUUGUUUAGACCAUUUUUACUUGUUCUAAUGCCACAUCUACAUACACUCCGCCUGUGAAGGGGUAGAAAAUAAUCAGUUUCAUGAUAUCUGAGUCUCUGAGAUCCUUCCUCCGCA